UUGUGGUAUUACAAUGGCUGUUUUAUUGGUGCUAUCUGCCCUAGCCGUGACCGGGCACGCAAUAGCAGAGAAGGAUUAUAAGAAUCUCCAAAACCAGGUUGUAUCGUUACAGGGAACUGUCCAACACCUCCUUACCGAGUUGGGAGAUCUUCGUCAGCACCACACUCAAUUGGAGUAUAAAUACAAUACUCUCUCGGAUGAGCUCAGAUACAUUAGAACACAUCCUCGCGAACUCUUACAAGAGGACCUGUGGAAUCACCAGCCAAGCAAACGUUUGAAAGAGCCAGAGAGACAUGCCUACAGAAACACACCCACCAAGGGCCAGAAAGGAGAUAACGGUGACAUCGGUAAACCAGGGCCAAAAGGAGACAACGGACUUCCGGGAUUUAACGGGGACGAUGGACUUGAUGGCACCCAGGGCCAGAAAGGCGAUGUUGGUGUCCGAGGACCUAAAGGGGAUAACGGACUUCCGGGACUGAACGGAGACGAUGGACGUGAUGGAUCAGAAGGUGCCAAGGGAGAACCGGGCAAAAGUGGACAAGCUUCAAAGGUGGGGUUUUCUGCCCGGAUGUCUCACAAGCUACAACUGUUAGGCGGAAUGGUUCGUGUACUAAAAUUUGACCUAGUUGGCGUCAGUCAUGGAAGUGAUUACAAUCCAACAUCCGGGGUGUUUGUAUGUGGUAUCCCCGGAACUUACGUCGUCACGUGGGCUUUAGAAAUAGGAACAACAACAACAGUGAGUUCUAGUUUGAUGAAAAACGGAUACGAAAUUGGACGUUUGACAGUUACUGGGUUAAAUGGUGUUUCGAACACGGGCUCCCAAAUUGCUUUGGUCACUCUCGAUGUGAAUGACCACCUAUACAUCAGUGCGACACCCAAAUUUCCCGGUGUUACCAUCGAAAACAGCUCAUCAUUUACAUUGUUUCUACUUUAUAAAUAAAGCCCGAUAUU